CUUGUCUGAGCAUCGAUGACCGAGGUCCGGGAACGCGUCGUCCGUCAAACUCCGGCUUAUGAGCCAACCCGUGUCUCCAAGGGCUACAUCAUGGAACCCAAGACAGCGGAAAGCAGCGGAAAUUCUGUAAUUUUCUCCCUGAAGGAAGAGGUCGGUGCCCUCGCAAAAGCCCUGCACAUAUUCAAGGAGAACGGAGUCAAUUUGGUGCACAUCGAGUCGAGGUCAUCGGCGCGCUUCAAGGACGGCUAUGAGUUCAUCGUGAACUUCACUCCGACCGAUAGCAGAGUGCACCAGGCUCUGGAGCAGAUCAAGAACAUGUCCCAGUACAUGCAAGUCAUCUCCAGGGACUUGCCGCCCAAGUCAGAUGACGCUGUGCCCUGGUUUCCGAGGAAGAUCAAGGACCUGGACAUUUUUGCCAACCACAUUCUCAGCUACGGAUCUGAACUCGACUCCGACCACCCGGGAUUCACGGAUGAGACGUACCGCCAACGACGGAAGUACUUUGCCGACAUCGCCUACUCGUACAAACAUGGACAGCCCAUACCAAGAGUGGAAUACACGGAAGAGGAAACAAAAACAUGGGGUGUCGUGUUCCGGGAGCUAACGAAACUGUACAAGACUCACGCCUGUCGCGAGCACAACCACAUAUUCCCGCUGCUCAUCGAGAACUGCGGCUACCGAGAAGACAACGUGCCACAACUCGAAGACGUGUCCAACUUCCUGAAAGACUGCACCGGCUUUACGCUGCGGCCUGUUGCCGGACUCCUUUCCUCAAGAGACUUUCUGGCUGGCUUGGCCUUCCGUGUGUUCCACUCCACACAGUACAUCCGGCAUCCUUCUCAGCCACUUUACACACCUGAACCGGACAUUUGCCACGAACUCCUGGGCCAUGCACCACUUUUCGCAGACCCGAGCUUCGCCAGGUUCUCCCAGGAGAUUGGCCUCGCGUCCUUAGGUGCCCCGGAUGAGUACAUCGAAAAGCUGGCAACGUGCUACUGGUUCACAAUAGAAUUCGGCAUCUGCAAACAAGACGGGCAGCUCAAGGCCUACGGUGCCGGCCUGCUCUCAUCAUUCGGUGAACUAGAGUACUGUCUCAGCGGAAAGCCGGAAAUGAAGCCUUUCGACCCAGCGGUGACCGGUGAGCAGAAGUACCCUAUAACCCAGUACCAGCCAAUCUACUACGUGGCGCAAAGCUUCCAGAACGCCCAGAAGAAAGUCAGGUAA